UCAUGUACAACAUCAUGUUCUUGCAAUUAAGCUGUCCUGCGCAGAAUGCCUUCACCUUUGUGGGCAGCAGGAGAGCAUAUUUUGUGUAAUAAUAAAUAUAACUGGAAAGGGGGAAGUUUCUAAUAUGCAACAAUUGACAAACGUCUUCUUAAACAAAAUAAUUAUUCCACAGUCAUUAAAAUCCGUGGAUACUGCCUCCUCUGGAGGUUCAUCCAACAGUGGUGCACCAGCAAAACCAAAUUAUGACAGAGCCAAGUCUGGCAGGCGUGCGGGUUUGGGCAGCUGCUGGUGUGCAACACGUCGGAGGGACAACCGCCAGAAUGAGAAAAGCUGCCUCAUCCGAGUCAGAUUAGAGGAGGACAGAGCACAACAAAUCAAAAUGAUUUUGGUGACUAAUCAAGAUCGUGUAUCUGAAGUUCUCAACAAAGCCAUGACCGCGCUCAAAUUUGAACCCGAGCGUCCUCAGCAAUUUGCUCUAGCACAGAUCAUUGAAUCAAAUAAAGUGCUCAUACUUCCGGCCGAUGCCAUCCUGUAUUACGCAAUGAACAAGAAAGUGAAUCAUGACUUCAUCCUGAGAUUCACCGAAAGAAGAUCUUCAUGUCUAUGCAAGUUUUAGCUGCAAUGUUCGAGCCUCCUUCCCAAUGUGAAUCAAUGAGCUCUAGCGAGGAAGGGCUUGAAGGAGCUCACCGCCCUGAUUUUUGAGAGGUCGGAUGUAUUUUAUUUUCUUCUCCUUCUGUAAAUCGCUUGGUGCUCGAUAUAGGAUUCACUAAUUAGACAUUUACACAUAACCACUUUAAAACUAAAAUGGUUCAACAUCGAGGCUAUGCCAACAAUGCCAGCCACAGGUAGAAGAGGAAAUCAUCUCAGUUCUUUGUCUAAGUUUCGUUUCUAAAAAUAGUGUUCAGUAAAUGUUUUCAA